GAGGGGGAAAAAAGAAGUUUUAUGUGGGUAAACCUUUUUUUUUGAGAAAAAAGGCUUAAAUAUUGAAGGAGAAAGCGAAAAAAGUGGAUAUACAAAAAAAAGAAAGAAGUGAAUGGAUGUUAUUGCCAAAAGAUAAACAAAAUGAAGAUGAAUUUGGGUUUUUAAUAGGAAAAUCUAAAAGAGAGGUUAAAAAUUCCCCCAAAACGUCUAAGUGGGAAUUUAAUGAACCAAAAGAACAGAAUAUAGUACAGGAGAGUUUUAAAAAAUCAACACCAUCAUAUACUAUAGGCGAUGCAGGAUCUUCAUGGAGAAUGAUGAAACUUCAAAAAAUAUAUGAAAUUGCAUCAGAAACAGGUAAAAGUGUAGAUGAAGUAGCACUUGAAAGAUAUGGAAGUCUUGAAGCGUUUGAUGAGGCACGUGAGGAAAGAGAAGAAUUAGAUCGCCGAAAAAAAUAUGGACCAUCUAAGGAAAAGGUGGUAGGAUCGCUUUAUAAACAACGUCUGAGCUUGAAUGCAUUGGAUCAUAAACAGGAUUCUAAGUCUAAUUUGUCUUUAUCUGAUUCUGGUAUUAUUACACAUUCUAGUCUUAAUAAAAUGCAAGCAGAGAUUAUAAAAAUGCGAAUGCGUAAUGAUCCCAAUGUUUCUGAGCUUCAAAGACAAUAUGAAAUUGCAGUUUCUAUGUUUGAAUCACAAAAUGUAGAAAAAGAUAGCAUUCCAAGCAAUAUGAAUAAGAAACUAUCUUCAACAAUUGAUCCAAACAAUAUGACGAUAGAAGAUAUGGUAAAAGAAGAGAAAAUGACAAGAAAUCAAAGCUACAAACGGCAAUAUAGAGAAAUGGCAGAUCAGAUUAUUAAAAAUCGGGAUUUUAAGGAUGAUUUAGAUUAUUAUGAUGAAAAUGCUGAAAAACUUUCAAAAAGGAUUCAAAGAAGGGAAAUUGAUUUUAGAAAUAUGUCUGUUUCAGAUAUUCAAAGAACUCAAAAAAUUAUUGAUACAUGUCCAUUAUGUCAUCAAGAUUCUUCUCCACCUAUUGCACCUGUAAUAUCUAUGGGGACAUGUGUUUAUCUAUCUCUUCCUUCUCCUCCAGAACUUGCAAAAUAUCAUGCAUUGAUUGUUCCUCUACAUCAUAGAAUCAAUACACUUGAAUGUGAUGAUAAUGAAUGGGAUGAAAUUAGAAAUUUUAUGAAAUGUUUGAUUAGAAUGGCUGAUGAGAGAGAUCAAGAUGUCAUUUUUUAUGAAAAUGCUUCUGCACCUCACCGGCGUAUGCAUACUGCCAUUGAAGCAGUUCCAGUGCCACGAGAGGUUUCUUCUCAAGCUCCUGCAUUUUUUAGAGAAGCAAUUCUUUCUUCUGAUGAAGAAUGGAGUCAACAUCAAAAAAUUAUUGAUACAUUAGCUAAAGCUAAGAAAGGACUCGGAAAAAUGGCUUUUAGACGUAGUAUGAGCAAAGAAGCUCCUUAUUUUCAUGUUUGGUUUGAAUUGGAUGGUGGGAUAGGACAUAUUGUUGAAGAUCUAGAUAAAUGGGGCAAAGGUGAUCAAUUUUCACGACAAGUAUUUGCAACAAUGCUUGAUCUAGAUCCAACUAUAUGGAGAAGACGUGGAAGAUGGACAGGCAAACAAGAUCCAAGAGAAAAGGCAUUUAUUCAUGCCUGGAAAAAAUAUGAUUGGACUCAAUCAAUUUAUAAUUAA